CCCGGAGCAAGUGAAAGAUUCUGUUUAUAGUCAGAUGGCUAGAUAUGUUGCAACCAAACAGCAAACACUGAACAUUUUUGAUUUUCAAGCCCAGACAGAAUUUCAAGGUGGCUGUUCUGUGAAUAAGGACUUUAUAAUUAAAACUGCACUUUGUUUGCCCAUCUACAACAAUGAAGAUGUAGUAAUAGGUAUAGCACAGCUACUCAAUAAAGCUGAUGGAAGGCCUUUCACUGAACAGGAUGAAACCAGUUUUGAGGCAUUUGCCAUUUUCUGUGGUCUUGGAAUCCAUAACACCCAAAUGUAUGAGAAAGCGACAUUAUUGAUGGCUAAACAGAAGGUUGCUAUUGAAGUGCUUUCCUAUCAUGCUUGCGCACAACCAGAUGAAAUUAAGAGACUCAUG